AUGGCGGGCGCUUUCAAUCCCGCAGAUCUCACCGAAGAGGAGAUGAGCCAGUUGCGAAUAUUGCGGAAGCGCAAAAUGGAGCUCAUGAGUGAGAUCGAUCACAUCAAGAAUGAGCUCCGAGACGUUGAUGCCGAGCUUGAAUCUUUAUAUUACGUCGAUGAAGGCUCGAGAUCACGUCACAAGCUCAUAUUCACGGGAAAGAAGAAGUUCAAUCAGGAUCCUGUACGGGGUAUCGAGUAUCUCACUGAUCGGGGAUUGUUAAGCCGCCAACCGAGUGCUAUAGCUCAAUGGUUGUUCAAGGGCGAAGGGCUUUCGAAAACGGCCAUUGGUGAACUGCUCGGGUUGCAUGAACCGUUCUACCUGGAAGUGCUCGAUCACUUUGUGCUGUGUCACACUUUCCAGAAUAUGUUCAUAGUUGACGCUCUUAGAGCAUUUCUGUGGUCUUUCCGUCUGCCUGGAGAAUCACAGAAGAUUGAUCGAAUCAUGGAGAAGUUUGCUCAACAGUAUGUAGCUACUAAUGAAGGUGUAUUCGACAAUGCUGACACAUGUUUCACAAUUGCUUAUUCGUGUAUUAUGCUCAACACUUUGUUGCACAAUCCAAAUGUGAAGGAUCGACCGACAUUUGAACGCUACCAAAGCAUGAACAAGGAAUUAUUGGAGGCUGGAUCUGUUAGCACAGCAACUCUCUCGCAGAUAUUUGAUUCCAUCCGAUCUCGGGAAUUUCAAAUACCGUGUGAUGAUGCGGCUCGAUUGGAUAAUGUAUUCCUGCAUCCUGAUAGGGAAGGCUGGUUGUAUAAGCAAAGUAGCAGUCAGUUUAUAUCUGGGCCGUUGUCAUGGAAGCGCAGAUGGUUUGUCCUCAGCGAUUCAUGCCUAUAUUAUUUUGAUCAUACUGCGGACAAGGAGCCCCGUGGCAUCAUUCCUCUGCAAAAUGUUGGGGUACGACGAGUGGAGUCAGCUUCUCGUCCAUUCAUGUUUGAAAUAUUCUCAUUAUCUGAAGAUGGUCGAAUAAAAGCUUGCAAAACGGAGCAGACGGGUAAGAUGGUUGAAGGUCGGCAUACUGUGUAUCGGAUCUGUGCUUCAAGCACCGAGGAUCUUAAUGCAUGGCUAGAGGUGUCUAUUUCACUGCACGAUGUGCGAUGGCAAACUGGAGUUGUAGAAGAAUUGUGUGCAGGAACUGUUCAUGACGAAGAAACAGCCGACCAGCAGGGAUUGAAUGAUGACCCAAAAGUUUACGAGGAAUUUGAUCCCUUUGCAGGACUUGAUGAGGGACAUAGAUGCAAUUCAUGCGACUGGUCGAUAGAAGGCGAUGAUCGGGACGCUAUAAUCACUCAUUAUCGCAGCCAGUGGCAUCGUUUCAAUGCACGGAAUCUGCUCAGGGGACGCCAAGCGUUAACUGAGGACCAGUUUGAGAUGUUAGGAGAGGAAGAAAGAAAAGUUGGCGAUGGAGCGCCGUCAUCGUCAUCGGAUUCUGAUGAUUCGGACGUUGAAGAAUUACCGAUGAAACUUGGCUCCAGUCACAUUUACUUUGUUCACAAUGACGAGGUGUUUUCAAUGUAUCGUUGUCUUCUUCGCCAUGGAGAGUCCACUGUAUUGCCAGCAAUUUUUGCUAGGCCGUUAGAUUGUGCUAUAUUCCUUUUAGCCGGUGGCCACUUUGCCGCUGGAGUUUUCAAAAAUGACAAGCUUGUGGCACAUAAAUCGUUUCAUCGCUAUGUUGUUCGAGCUAAACAGGGCGGAGCUCAAGGAGCCAAAGACAAAGAAAAAGGAACGAUACACUCUGCUGGUGCUACUUUGCGCAGAUACAAUGAGCGUGCCCUGGCUGAGGAUAUCGUCAAAGUGUUACAAACGUGGUCUGAGCUUCUUGCAGCUACGCCGUUAAUAUUUAUUCGAUGCGCCAGUUACCAGCGUGUGAUAUUUCACGAUGUUGACGAGAGUGGAUUUGAUAGAAAAGAUCCGAGGUUGAGAACGAUUCCCUUUGAGACAAAGCGCCCACUUGUGGACGAAGUACGAAGAACUUGGGAACGACUGGGAUCGGUCACGUGCCAUGGACAGAUGAGAGACUUUCUUGCAGAAAGGACGAAGCGGAAACAAAGAGCGAAGACUUUACUGAAAAAGAAGCGAGUUGAAACGCAAUGGACUCUGGGUGCUGAUGAGAAGGAAAAGUCAUCGUCUAAAGAAAGAAAAACGGAUCACUUGAAACCAGUGGCACCAAUGGAGGAACAACAACCCGAAGUUGACCGAUGGCCAUCGUUGAAUAGAACAACUCGAAGAGAACUUUAUUCCAUGGUUAAGGAAAACAGAGAAGACGCGCUCAAGACGCUGAUAUGUGGGCGUGAUGCAGAGGAGCAAAAAGAAAUUGUUGACUACCUCAACUGCAAUCGAUUUUCCUCGGAUAGUGGGACAUUCCUCCACCUGGCAGCGCGCAGUGGAGCUGAUAGGAUUGUGCAGUAUCUACUGGAGGCUGGCUGUGAUCCUUCAAUCAAAGACGAGCAUGACCUAGUUCCUUAUGCUUUAUCGGCAAACAAAGCCAUUAAGCAGGUUUUCGUCCAAUUUCGCCAAGAAAAUCCGCAAAGGUGGAACUGGAUAAGGUGUCAUAUUCCGGAGCCGAUACAACUCACCGACGAGCAGGCCGCUCGUGCUGCGUUCUUAGCAAUGUCAGAUCGGGAGAAGCGUGCAGCUGCCGCUGAAGCAAGACUAGCACGACUCGAAGCUGGUCCGAGAUGUGUACAGUGCGGUGUGGCGUAUACAGGAUCGGGUUUCGAAUACAUGGAGUUGAAAUUUUGUAGUCCAUCGUGUGUCACUUCGCAUCGACGAGGGCUCAUAUCAACCUAG